AUGAAGGACAGACUUAAAUUACAGGAGACACUGGGUAUGAUAGACCCGUCACUUCUCCUGCGGCCGGAGACAGUGUACGAAGACAAGCCAGUUGCAAAUUUCCGCGAUUAUACCAUCGACGACAACGAUCCAAUACGGGAGCGCGUGCGCAGGACCUAUUACACAAUGCAUACAAAUAUGACCGUGGACUUCGUGCAAUCUAAAAUGGACAAAUGGUUAAAGUUUAACCACUUCAAAGCUUCAAUGAAGGAGGCUCUAUACAAAAUGAACGAAUUGGUUGACGAAUCGGAUCCCGAUUUAGACCUGCCCAACAUUGUACACGCGUUCCAAACAGCGGAAAGGAUACGGGAGGACCAUCCAAAUGACGACUGGUUCCAUCUUAUUGGAUUGAUACAUGAUGUUGGCAAGGUUAUGGCAUUCUAUGAUGAGCCACAAUGGUGUGUUGUGGGAGACACGUUCGCUGUGGGCUGCAAAUGGGGCAAGAAUAUUGUUUAUGGCGAUGACAGCUUCAAGGACAACCCUGACAGCUAUAACCAUAAAUAUAACACUCUCCACGGAAUGUACCAACCAAAUUGUGGCAUUGAGAAUCUCAUGAUAUCGUGGGGCCACGAUGAGUAUUUGUAUCGUGUGCUGGUUCACAAUAGAGCGAAGUUUCCCGUCGAAGGACUAUGGAUGAUACGAUAUCAUUCAUUCUACCCAUGGCAUGCAGGCGGUGAUUACGCACACCUCACAAAAAGGGAAGAUGAGAAAAUAAAGGAAGCCGUUAUCAAAUUCAACCAAUACGACUUAUACACAAAGAGCACAGUGGUACCUGAUAUCGAUGCGUUGUGGCCUUACUACGAGGGUCUUAUUGAUAAGUACAUACCCGGAGUGUUGGAGUGGUGA